GAAGGCACUAACAGUGAACCCUACACUGUCCCAUAGUGUCCUCCCGAGAUUAUUGACCCCGAGGCACAAAAGACCACAUUGCUUGUCAUAAGGUAGAAGUUUUCUGCAAGGAACUCUUCGGGACUACCUGAGUUAAUUUGAGACAACGGGCACUUCUCUCCAGUAGUCUGCUCUCCCAACUCUGUACGGAAUGUCUUUACCAUCACGUGACCUAUCACAAACGCUCCCCCCUCACGCGCUGAAUCGACUGGCUAAGGAAUGGCUGAUGGAAGAUACACCGAACUUUGACCUGGCAGGAUUGUGCGUGGGGUCACAGGAAGUGAAGGCCCACUUGUUGUGCAAAUCCCCAGGCACUGUACUGGCGGGCUGCCCAUUCUUCAGUGCAGUCUUCACAGAGCUGGGAUGCACUGUAGAGUGGACCUACGCAGAGGGCCAGAUACUGGGCCCAGACCCAGUGACCCUCACAGCAGUGGUGACCGGCCCAGCCAGGUGUGUCCUGCUGGGGGAGAGACCGGCGCUGAACUGCAUGGCACGGGCCUCCGGCAUUGCCACCCGCUGCGCUCAGCUACAGGGCCUGGCCCAGACCGCCGGGUGGCACGGGCAGGUGGCGGGCACUCGUAAGACCACGCCAGGCUUCCGGCUGGUGGAGAAGUACAGCAUGCUGGUGGGAGGCGUGUCCACACACCGGCACGACCUGAGCAGCAUGGUGAUGCUGAAGGACAACCACGUGUGGGCCGUCGGAAGCAUCACACAGGCAGUUGCGGAUGCGCGGUCAGUGUGUGGCUUCAGCACCAAAAUUGAGGUGGAGUGCCGGAGCCAGGAGGAGGGGAGGGAGGCCGCUGUGGCCGGAGCGGAGAUCAUCAUGCUGGACAACUUCAAGCCAGAGGACUUGCUUGCCACGGCCCGGGCUCUGAAGCAGGACUUCCCUGGCGUGAUCAUCGAGGCCAGCGGAGGGGUGACGCCCGAGACCCUGCCUCAGUACUUCUCUCCACACGUGGACGUGGUCUCGCUGGGCUGCCUGACCCAAGGGUGCCCCAUCUCAGACUUCUCCCUCAAGGUGCAGCGCCCCGAGACCCAGACGGGGCGCUGAUGUAUUGGUUGUAGAACCAUCCUAGGAGUGGACAGCAGGGGGGGGGGAUGUCGGCUGGAUUCAUUCCUGUUAGCUUCCUGUCACUGAAUGUUUUAGGAGAGCUUAACUAAUGCCCAUAUGUGUUUGGAUUCCUGAUGUUAAAGAGGAACUCCGGUAUAUUUUCACCAGGGCCCUAUUUUUCCAUCUUUUUGGGUCCAGUCAGACCAACAUUGAGUCAUUCGUCAUUAGAUUACCAUUAGUUACUUAUGACUGUAGAAACACACACAUCUUUGUAGGGAUCCUUUUCAUUAACACUUAACACCGUGUUGAAUGACACUAUGAGCCUGUCAGUGGUGAACACAAGUGUUUUACUUUGACGUGGAUGCUUGCCCCACAGGAUUAAAUUGUAUAGCCGUUUUGAUCCUAGUAAAUUUGGACCCAAAAAGAUGGGAAAAUAGGGCCCAGGUUAAAUAUUCUCCUAUAAGAUCUCCUUUAAGUCACAAGAGCUUUCCUAUACCAUGGUGAUCAUGUGACAUCGGUCACAGACUUACUAGACUAACACAUUACCACUUCAUUAUAAAACUCCCGUCAUCAAGAGUUUACAUUUUUCCAAUCAUCUUCACUGCAGUGGUAUUUUAAAGACUUUAUUAAGAUUAUUAAUUAUUAAGAUUAUUAAUACCUUAAAAGUAUACAUUCCAAUAUAAAAGAAAUACACCAUUUUCACUUUUCAACACAUUUUUUAUGUAUGUUUCCUUUCCAACAGAUUGUAGCUGUUACAGCUCUUACUUGUUACACCUGUUUUAAAGUGCACUAAUGUAAGGGUGUGUUUGAUAUAGUGAUAAAUAAAUAAAAGCACAAGAGAUUCUA